AAUUAUAAUCGUUAUUGUUUAUGCGUGCGAACUGUAUCGGCAAACGCGAUAUUUGCGAACACGCGUCGUCGCGAAUGUUGCGCAAAUCUCAGCAAUAGCGUUUUAUCGAUAGGAUUUACGUAACAUUCGUAACAAUGUAGGAUUCCCAUUUUAUCAUGAGCCUUGGUAGCCUAGCCGCACCCCUUUAACGUUUCGUCUCGAGUGAAACGAAAGAAAUUCUUGUUGUCUUGAAGAAUUUAUUCUCGUCCUUAACGCUCGUCAAGGAUAAGCGACAACUUCCAUCGGUACACUCGCGAAAUCCGAAUAGUAUCGUUGUUCUCGCCUCGCUGCGAAUCUUUCGAGAUCCGGUAUUCGCAAGUAACGCGGAGGAUCCUUAUCCUUGAUAUUUUGCCCGGAGACAAAGGGUAAUCGUCUCGCUCUGCGGAAACUCUGGAGUUUUCCAGGUUCGCGCGCGUAUUCCGCCUAUCGUUAUCUCGCGAGUUAUAAUGCGAGACAUGGAAUUGAUAGCGCAAGGCGCAGAGGCGCGUCUCUACAAAGGCGUUUACUUGGGCAGGACGUGCCUGCUGAAGGAGAGAUUCGUGAAGAAUUACCGACACCCGGAACUGGACACGCAUCUCACUGCGGAUCGCAUCAGAGCCGAGGCUCGUGCCAUUGUACGCGCCAAGUCCGCGGGAGUGCCGACACCGGCUCUGUACCUAGUGGACUUGGAGCGACGCAGAAUUUACAUGGAAUACAUAGAGGACGCAACAGUGCUGAAGGACUUCAUAGACAAACAUAUUUCGGGGGAGACGGGGAGUUACGUGUUGGAAUUCAUCGGACGUGGAUUGGGCGCACUCAUAGCUAAACUGCAUUCCAAGCAUAUCAUUCACGGCGACCUGACCACGUCGAAUAUACUGCUCAGGAAUGGCCCGAUCGAGCGAUCCGACAGUAAUGAGUCUGAAGCCAAUACCCGAUUCGUAAUGAUAGACUUCGGACUGACUCGGCUGGAUUCCACGCCGGAAGACAAAGCGGUCGAUUUGUAUGUUCUCGAGCGGUCGCUGCUGAGCGCACAUGCUGAGAUACCGUUGUUGUUCGCCAUCAUCUUUCAUCACUAUCAACUUCAUUAUCAGGAUAAAAGCCAAUGCGAGCAAAUAAUGUCAAAGUACAAACAGGUACGGGCGCGAGGACGCAAACGCUUAAUGAUCGGAUGAAAUAAAAAGAUUAAGACCUCAGACUUCAAGAUGGUUUAGAAUUAACCUUUGAUCAAACCCCGAAGAAGUAUUUUGUUAAAAAUUUGCCAGCCCAGAGGAUUCCAGUACACGCGAGGCUGAUUGUUCCGCUCGACCCUUGGACAUCGACUAUGACAUUUUAUCAGCAAGCGCAAUCUUAUCAGGAUAUAAAUGCAUAGUUAUAACUCGCGAAUGAUGUCUAAAAUAUAUGUCAAUGCGAUUCUUAACACCUUUUUCGAUGCUCGACGAAAAUUUGAAUCAUAAAUACGUUAAAUACAAUUAUCGAUGCUUAUAUCCGAUGGCUCGUUUCGUUGAGUCCUUAUUGGCUAUAUAUUCGACGCGUUACAUGCUAUUGCUUACGUUUCAUACGUGAAUUCAUGAGAGACGCGGUAUUAUAUCGUAUAUAUCGAUGACGGUAAAUUAUUUCACUGCUUCCUCGUAGUUAAGAUAAAAUGUGUUGGCUCUACUAUCUAAAUA